AUGACUGCUCUUUGCGCAAGAAGGUUUCACUUCUCCUCGCCGCCACUCAGUGAUUAUUUUCUCAUCGCCAACAACGCGGCGCACGUGACAUGUCUCGGCCUGCGCGUCUCUACGGCUCCCGUUCUUAAGCCGAGGCAGCCAUCCUCCCCCGUGUCAGUAAGGCUUCGCCAUGAAGUGCAGCGGUUUGGGGCGAUAGCGUCACUUCUUGGAGUCGGCGGGGACAGGCUGCACGCCACAAAGCGUCGGUCUCGUCCAGCUUCCUCUGAGAGUAGUCAUGGCAACCCGCCUGUCUUCCUGUCAGGUCGCGGCGAGUGCCACUGCGGCGAGUGCAAGUGUCACGCCGGCUACGUGGGGGACAACUGCAACUGCUCCACGGAGACGGCGUCCUGCGUGGCCGACGACGGGCAGCUGUGCAGCGGGCGGGGCCACUGCGUGUGCGGGCGCUGCCAGUGCACGCAGCCCGGCGCCUUCGGGGACGCCUGCCAAAAGUGCCCCACCUGCCCGGACGCCUGCGACAGCAAAAGGGAAUGCGUGGAGUGUCAUCUGCUCAAGUCGGGACGUCCGUCAGACAACCAGACGUGUCAGCAGCGCGUGUGCAAGGAUGAAAUAGUCACAGUGGACGCUCUCAAAACGGAGGAGCCGGGCGCCGUCUUGUGCGUCUACAAGACAGACGACGACUGCGUGAUGAAGUUCACGUACUUGGAGCACGCCAGCGGACGAGCGGUGCUGACGGCGCUGAGGGAAGCAGAGUGUUCCGGGGGUCCAGACGCGCUGAUGGUCCUGCUAGCGGUGGUCGGCAGCAUCCUGCUGGUGGGCGUGAUCUUGCUGGCCGCCUGGAAGAUGGUCAUCACCGUGCACGACCGCCGGGAGUUUGCGCGCUUCCAGAGCGCUCGCUCCCGUGCACGCUACGAGGUGGCCUCCAACCCACUCUACAAGCAGCCCUCCUCGGCCGCCUUCGUGGAACUGGACUUUGACCCCUACGACAAGUCCUACAACGGGGCGGUCCACUGACGCACGUUUUGAUGGGCGGGCUGGACACGCCCCUUCUGUUACAAGAACACGCGCGCUAGCGAGCAGGGCCUCUGAGGGGAGCUAAGCUAGCACGUUGACACAAACUUCCUCCUAUUGUGCCUUUUCCCGGAAAUGACUUUCUUCUGCUUCCUGAUUGGCUACAAAAAGCUCACAGGAAAUACUCCCAGUCCAAGAAGUACCGUGAGUAUGUUGAAAGUAGGAGUGACUCUGCACUUUUUUACCUCCCACUUUCACUCAAAACAUCAAACUGCUCAGCUUUCACAAAGAAAGUAUAAAAGGUACAAUAGUAAACUUUGAUUUGUGGUACAUUUUACUGGCUGAAGUACAAUAUUAAUAACUCAACAUUCAUCUUAACUUAUCUUUAAUCGCAACAGAAACGGUACCAAGCAGGAAGGUAAACAUAGAAUCUCUUUAGCGCUAUCGCUUUUUUACACACUUCAGUUUUUUACCUCUCACUUCUUUUCAGUUUCACUACAGCAAGGAAUAAAAAACAUAAAACCGCUCAGCUUUUAUCUGGAAUAAACAGUACAAGAGCAACUGCAAAUACAACAGUAAAAGUUGAUCGCAUUUGCUAGCUAGCUAGCUAGGACUACGGAGUCCUCACGCUUUGCUACACACUUCAGUUUUUUACUUCUCACUUCCAUUAAUUUUCACUACAGCAAGGAAUAAAAAACAUAAAACCGCUCAGCUUUUGAUCUGGAAUAAACAGUACAGGAGCUACAAUGCAAAUACAACAGUAAAAGUUGAUCGCAUUUGCUAGCUAGCUAGCUAGGACUACGGAGUCCUCACGCUUUGCUACACACUUCAGUUUUUUACUUCUCACUUCCAUUAAUUUUCACUACAGCAAGGAAUAAAAAACAUAAAACCGCUCAGCUUUUGAUCUGGAAUAAACAGUACAAGAGCUACAAUGCAAAUACAACAGUAAAAGUUGAUCGCAUUUGCUAGCUAGGACUACAAAGUCCUCACGCUUUGCUACACACUUCAGUUUUUUACGUCUCACUUCCAUUAAUUUUCACUACAGCAAGGAAUAAAAAACAUAAAACCGCUCAGCUUUUGAUCUGGAAUAAACAGUACAAGAGCUACAAUGCAAAUACAACAGUAAAAGUUGAUCGCAUUUGCUAGCUAGCUAGCUAGGACUACAAAGUCCUCACGCUUUGCUACACACUUCAGUUUUUUACUUCUCACUUCCAUUAAUUUUCACUACAGCAAGGAAUAAAAAACAUAAAACCGCUCAUCUUUUGAUCUGGAAUAAACAGUACAAGAGCUACAAUGCAAAUACAACAGUAAAAGUUGAUCGCGUUUGCUAGCUAGCUAGCUAGGACUACAAAGUCCUCACGCUUUGCUACACACUUCAGUUUUUUACGUCUCACUUCCAUUAAUUUUCACUACAGCAAGGAAUAAUGUGGGCUCUGUACCGAGGAUGUCGUUGUGGCUUGUACAGCCCUUUAAAACACUUGUGAUUUAGGGCUGUAUAAAUAAACAUUGAUUGAUUGAUUGAUUGAAUAAAAAACAUAAAACCUCAGUUUUUGAUCUGGAAUGAGUUUUCCAAACGAAGUAAAAAAAAAAAAAAGUACAAUAGCCACAAUGCAAAUACAAGAGUAAAAGUUUAUCUGUAGUACAUUUUACUGGCUAAAGUACAAUAUUAAUAACUCAACGUUCAUCUUAACUUAUCUUUAAUCACGCAUUUCAAAAGAAAUGUUCCCCAGCAAGAAUCUAACCAUAGAGUUUAUUUAGCGCUAGCGAGCUAGCUGGCUAAAACUCCUGCUGUAUCACUGCUUAACCUGUCAGCGCAAACCUAGCAAAUUACUACAGCUUAAACACUUUGAGUCGUGAAAAAACAUGACAAAAAUAAAGCAUGUGCAUUCAAAUUGUUCGGAUAGCAAUAUGAUGUUGGAAGUUACGUAAUCAUGUGGAGUCAAAAUUGAGAGGAAAAUGGCAGCUUCAGAUUUCAAUAAUGAAAAAUGUUGAUGGAUAACAUUUAUUUUAAAUUUAAAGUGGGCUUGUCUUUAAUUUCAGGAUGUUGUCAAUUCUUUGGCGAACCGAAAAAUGGUGAAAUGUUAAAACUACAUUUUUGGGGGGGAAAACUGCCGGCAAGUAGGAAAGUGACGUGGUUAACUUUUGCCGCACGCGCCGACAUGACGCACACUUCCUGUCCCUCGCCUAAAUGUGCACUGACUGGCAACGAAAAUUGCGGUACAAAAACAUGUUUGGUACACCUUUAUUAAAUAUUGUAAAAACAAGAAAUGCUAAGCUAACAUAUUAGCCGGGUGUGAUCGAUGGAAAAGCUCAUUUAUAAUUUGUUAUUUUUACAAAAUGCUGAAGAACAAUAAAAAAGGACUUUGGGCUGAAAAUGGCCCCCAGGUUGCAGUUUGGACACACCUAAAGUUGUUUUAAGAUGGUGAUGCACAUGACAGGAUGACGUUUAGAGUGUGUGUUGUAUUAGUGUCACAUGUAAAUACACCAUGCACACUUUGUAUGAUAACACAUGUUUGUGUCGUGCUGCACAACAACAACACAAUAAAUGAGCUUGUUUGAGGUGACU